UAAAUUAAUAUGACUAAUUUAUUUUAGAACUCGCUUCCAUCAACUACAACCCCAAAAAAAAUUUCUUCUGGUCAAAAAUAUCACUUUUUGUCUGAAUUCGUUUUUUUUUUGGACAAGAAAAAGACCUUUCUUCUUCCUUCGGUUGCCUCAAGUACCAUCUCAUCAACAACAUCUAUCUUCUCUUUCUCUCAUCCUCUCUCUUCUUCAGUGUAUACUUUUUUCACAUCUCUUUCUCUUUUUUCUCUUUAUUGUUUAGCUUUAAUGAGUUUUAUCUGACAGAAUCUGCUCUACCCAAAAACAGCAAAAGAAGCAAUUCAUUGUCAGAAAAAGAAGGGCCAAAAAACGAUCUUCUUCAUCAUUCUACUAAAUGGGUUCUUGUCUCAGUUCUCGUGUUCUUAAUAAGAGUAGUAGUGGUCUCGAUGAUCUUCAUCUCUCGAGCUGUAAAUCUUCAUCAUCAGCUGCAGCUCAUAAGACAGAAGGAGAGAUUCUUAGCUCAACGAGCGUUAAAAGCUUUAGCUUUAAUGAACUUAAACUAGCAACCAGAAACUUUAGAUCGGCCUCUGUUGUUGGAGAAGGUGGCUUUGGUUGUGUCUUUAGAGGUUGGCUUGAUGAGACUACUCUUACUCCUACCAAAUCUAGUUCCGGUCUUGUAAUUGCUGUUAAGCGACUUAACCCUGAUGGUUUUCAAGGUCACCGAGAAUGGCUGACGGAGAUCAACUACUUGGGGCAGUUAAGUCACCCGAAUUUGGUUAAGUUGAUUGGUUAUUGCUUGGAAGAUGAACAACGGCUUCUUGUGUAUGAGUUUAUGCACAAGGGUAGUCUCGAGAAUCAUCUGUUUGCAAAUGGAAAUCGGGAUUUUAAGCCCCUCUCUUGGAUUCUACGGAUUAAGGUUGCACUUGAUGCAGCGAAAGGUCUUGCAUUUCUUCAUAGCGAUCCCGUCAAAGUCAUAUACCGAGACAUUAAGGCGUCAAACAUCUUGCUAGACUCGGACUUCAACGCAAAGCUUUCAGACUUUGGGUUAGCGAGAGACGGUCCAAUGGGAGAGACAAGCUAUGUUAGUACUAGGGUCAUGGGUACAUUCGGGUACGCAGCUCCUGAGUACGUCUCAACAGGUCACUUGAAUGCUAGAAGCGACGUGUACAGUUUCGGGGUUGUUCUGCUAGAACUACUAUGUGGAAGGCAAGCACUGGACCAUAACCGCCCGGCCAAGGAGCAAAACCUUGUAGAUUGGGCUCGACCUUACCUCACAAGCAGGCGAAAGGUUCUACUAAUUGUGGACACUCGGCUCAACUCACAGUACAAACCCGAAGGGGCCGUGAGACUGGCAAGCAUUGCUGUGCAGUGCCUCUCAUUCGAACCCAAAUCACGCCCGACCAUGGACCAAGUGGUUCGAGCCUUGAUACAGCUGCAAGACAGCGUGGUUAAACCGGGUCUACAUAAACCGGCCAAUGUUGACCCGGUUAAGGUUAAGGAUACCAAGAAACUUGUGGGAUUGAAAACAGAAGACAAGUACCAGAGAAACGGUUUAAACAAAAAACCCGUUGGAUUGUAGUAGGUAGGGAAAUAUAAGGUUACUGGUUAGGUACUCUUCAUGUCUUCUUCUUGUGUAUUGUAAUAUUGUGUGAAGUGAUUUUCUACACUGCUUAUAGUUUUGCUCCUGAAAAUAUUGAUUUAGAGAUAUUUGUUUCUUUCUCUCUAUAUUUUGGUGAUAUAUGCCAAAAUGUGGUACAGAUCAAUUCCACUCUCUUGUAACAUUUUAGUUUACUAUAUAUGUAACUAAUUUCUGUCAAA